AUGGAUAUCAGCGUUCCCUCGGGACGUAUACAAUGUUUGACCUUCCUCUCCUCUUUCCUGGCUCUCAUCCUGGUGUAUCAUGUCUUUGCUCGACCUUCCGGCUUCACCAGUUCAAAGCAAGUCGCUUGGAUUAUCACCACUACCGCCAGUUUCGUCAUGACUAUCGCCAGUCUACCAUUCGUAUGGGAUUAUUUUGCUGGGCGAGGAGAUGUCAAACGCGUUGGCGCGUUUCCGGAAUUGGCUGUACCUGCAAAUCGGUUUUUUCAGGCUUAUCUGCUGGUUGAUCUUUCCCUAGGCGCAGUGUACUACCGUUCUCAGCUUAAUCUCUUCACUGGCUGGUCCCACCAUGUUAUCUAUCUCGGGAUUGUCGAGUACGCAAUUCGACAGAAGUGGGCUCACAUAUUUUGUUUAGCUGCAUGUAUGGAGUUCCCGACAUUCGUCCUUGGUUUGGCUACGCUUUUCCCUCGACUGCGGUCGAACGUCUUUUUCGCCGUCUCGUUUUUCCUUACUCGGAUCUUCUUUCACAUUGUACUUUGUAUAACGUAUAUCCUUCCGAAUAAUCGACCUCUGGCGCUGUCAACUCUCACAGCCACCUCGAUCCCAAACUUCACAGCCUCUUCCUCUUCAAUAACCUCAGCGGUUGCACCGAUAGGCUCUAUUGCACCUGCCGUAUUAUUCAUAUGCGUCUUCCCGAUGCACGCCAGUUGGUUCUUGGGGUGCCUGAAAGGGUUCAAGAAGAGGGCGAAGUUACGGAGAGUCAUUGAGGCGAAAUCAAGGAGCUCUGCUGCCUCAGUCAUUUCGUUAGAGUUUUAU